CGGUUAAUUUUGCGCCAGAGACCGGCUGAGAUAUCAAACAAUAAUAUCUGAUACAUCAAGCGUGUCAAGCGUGACUUUUGUAGUAGGAUCGAAAGAGUGAUCUGAAUUUGUGAAAGAAAUGUUCAAGAGUAAGAUGAUAUAGAACGAAACGCGGCUGCAUUUUCAAUUACAAAACAUUCUGGACGGUGCGACAUACAAGGCAAAGGUUAACAUCUCCGGUGGCGGUGUCGGACGGAACAUUGCCGAGGCGCUAUGGAAAAUACACGGCGAAGUUAAUCUGAUUUCAGCAGUUGGCAACGAUCAGAACGGCACCUACAUAAAGAAACUGCUGCCAAGCCAGUGCAUGGCAUCGAUUGUAACUAGUGGCAGCCAUCCAACCGCAAACUGCUUUGUGGUGUUGGACCGCCAAGGAGACUGCCGGCUGGUCGUAGGCGACAUGACCGUUCACGAUGCAAUUACGGCCGAAUGGAUCGAGUCCCACCUAGGAGCGAUCCAGAACAGCUCACUCGUGGUGAUGGAUUCCAACGUUGGCCGCGCUGCGAUGAAGUCUAUAUGCGAGCUGUGUGUUCGAUACGACAAGCCAGUUUUAUUCGAACCAACGGACAUGCGCAUUGCCUCCAGACCAUUCCAACUGUCGCCAGAUAACUUCAAGGUGAUCCGUUUCAUCACACCCAAUCUAUACGAAUUGCGAGACAUCGCAAAAAGCCUGAGCUAUACCGGUACAAUCUCAACAGCACAGGUAGAAAACGUCAACGAUCCCCGCAAGCUGCUCGCAGAAGUUCAUCAGCUGGCUUCCUUCAUUAAUCGUUACGUGGACAAUGUAAUCGUCACGCUGGGUAGCCACGGAGUGGCAAUUCUCCGUCGCAACCUUCAAGAACAACCAUUUUUCGAUCAACGCGGCGAUUAUCUGAAGCCCCUUCCGGUAGGGAGUGACGAGCGCACUGCGCAACUACGAUUCUACCAGGGCCGGCCAAAGCAGCAUAUUGUAAAUGUUUCCGGAGCAGGCGACAGUUUCUCCAGUGGAUUCAUAGCGGCCAUGUUGGAUGGCCAACCGGAGCCGGUUUGCGUUAACGUUGGCUUCGAGGCGGCCUGUUGUGCACUCGGUUCGAAAGGGGCCGUGGCGGAACGUUACUUCGAUCGGGAACAUUCCUGCUGGCAAACCACGAACGGGGCGGAUUUUAUCACUUUCCAAUAGAACGGUAAGUUUCUGUGUAUGCGGGUUGAAUGGGGCUUUACCCAUGAGAAAAGGUGCGAUUUUAUUUUCAUUCUUCCAAAGAUAAUUAUAUUAAAGACAGUUGCUGGUGUGACAACAAUGGACACAUAACGUUGCCAUUGUCUUUCAGCCAUGAAAA